AUGCCGAUGCUGGCCUACACGAGUGAGAGAAUACUCGCCAUUUACGACGACAACUAUGAAGUUGACAUCCUUAAUGCCGUCGUGUACACGGGAAACGUGUUAGCGCUAUACAUGAGUAAGCCGACGGGAUUCAAGUACAAGAGUGGGAUGUACCUUUUUGUCAAGUGUCCUGAUAUUUCAAGUUUCGAGUGGCAUCCAUUUUCGAUCACAUCGGCACCAAACGACGACUAUCUAAGCAUCCACGUACGCACAUUGGGCGACUGGACGACCGAACUUAAAAACUAUUUCACAAAGGCAUGCGGUCGAUCUACGCAACGAAGAGGGGGAAAUCGAAUGAGAAUGGAAACCAGGGGAUAUUCGGAAAUUGACGAUGAUCAAUUCCCGAUAAUCGUGAUUAAGGGGCCGUACGGAGCGCCAGCUCAGAAUUACAAGAAGUACGACAUUCUUCUGCUCAUCGGUUUGGGAAUCGGUGCCACGCCUUUCAUUAGCAUUAUUAAAGACAUAGUGAACAAUGAGCCUGUAAGAAAAGGCGGGGAAAAGAAGGGUCCGGAAAGAGCGUAUUUCUAUUGGGUGACGAGGGAGCAAGGAGCUUUAGACUGGUUCGAAGGCGUUAUGGACGACAUUGCAGAAUACGAUCAUAAUCAUCUGAUAGAAAUGCAUAAUUAUUUGUCGAGCGUGUACGAGGAAGGAGACGCUCGAUCAGCACUAAUCGCAAUGGUGCAGUCAUUGCAACGUGCGAAAAACGGCGUUGAUGUCGUUUCGGAUAGCAGGGUGUUUUCUGUUGUGGAAAUCCAACAAUAA